AUGGCUGAUGAACCACCACGGAAGAGGCAGAGAGGAGUCCAAAGCCCGAAAUAUACCACCCUUGGGGACCCUGAAAGGUACACUGCUCAUGAAGUCGCCGCGCUUAAAAAUAUCUACCCUCUCAAGUCUGGAUUAACGCCGCUCAAAACACCCGACAAGAAUGCCUCUCAGGCAGAAAAAGACCAAUAUCUUGGCUUUACUACAGCGGAGCUUGAUGAAUUGGGGGCAUUGGGAUGCACGAGUAAUAUUGAUGAUGUUAUAGCAUUAGAAAACACUCCAAUACAUCCAUGUCUCACGCGAGAAAAUUGGAUAUCCCUUGGAUUAAAUGAAACCAAAUAUGAGCUUGGGGGUGGAAAACCGGGAUACUGGGAGGCUAGCAAUGAUGUUGUUUGGCAAGUUUUUAGCUCCAUGCUUGCGAGUUGCUACGCUCUUUUUUUCCAGCUCGAAUUGGGCGAGAUGGUAUCGCUUUUGGACGAUCCACAUAAUUUCAAGAAGACCUAUCUGACCAAGCAGGGCGGGAAAGUAUCAAACCCAGCUCUAAGUUUCGACUUGCAUGCGUUCCCUCGAUUCAGCGAAGUCGAGGACUUCUUCCGCAGCCAUGCCGGGAAAUUCGAUAUCGUGCUUUUGAAUGGCAAGGAGGAUGUCGAUGAGAUCUUUAGUUAUGGAUCCAUUUCAGAGAAAGGAUUUUGUGGUCCACGAUGGAAGUUUCGUUUGGAACUUGCUUUCCAAUCUCUCGAGCCAUUGUUGAAUCCGAAAAAUACUCCUGCGGAGAAAUUCCUCGAUAGACAUAGUGUGGCAUGCACAAUACUGCAUGAAAUAGCCCAUUUGAUGUUUGGCGGUAGAAUUGACAGUGGUAUGUCCAGAGAUUUCAGAACUCCGGCAGUCUCUGAUGCUUUCAAAUCCAAAGUGAACGUAUGGACCAGACUGAACCUUAAUUCUACUUGGUACCCCGGAGAGAGUUCGAUCAAAAUGCCUGCCAGUGAUGAUCUGGCCCCCAACACCAACAAAGACAAAUCACACGAAGACCAUAGAGUCAUCAUUGAUAGGAUCGGAGAACUAAUCCUGAAGUCAUGGGAAGUUCGAAGAUAUCUCCGGGAAUUUCAAUUUUCCGAAGUUCGUCGAAACUGGAGGCCCGCGUGGGUUGCCUCGACAAGUAUUACCGAGAAAUUCUUAAGAAUCGUCGAAGAAAUUUCACCCAAAGCUCCCCCUCCCUGUCCAAGAUUCGAAGAAAUAAGAGAAUAUCUCUUUGCAAAUACAUUACCACUUGCCUUGGAUACUACUAAGUUUCAGAUGCCCAUCAUGCUCAUGCUUCAAUACAUUCAAAGUCACGGGGGAAUAGAACUGACUAUCGAUGAAUGGAGAGGGUUUUUGGCUGUUGCAGAGGAAGAAAAGUGUCUAUUCAAAUAUGAUCCGACUCAAUUUGGCAAUCUUGGAAGUCUAGUAGUACGAUGGGAAGGUUGGCCACAAGAGCUUUUAAACGGAUCACUGAAGCGUGAUCAACCACCUAUGCCACCCGAUUGGGCAUCUUGGUAUCGACCGUCGUUAAUGGCCGCGGCAUACCAAGAAUUUGUACACGAUUUGCUCUACCUGAGAGAGAGCGAGAGAUUUGCCUUUUUGGAUAACCUACCCGACGCCGAUAAAGAACAUUUAUUCUUCUAUGUGAAAUUCAAGCGCGAUGUGUUGAAAACUCUUCCUUGGCGCGAGUCUGACAAUCCAUUCGAAUUUCCUGGUGCCCUUAAACCUAAAUAUCAAAUCCUUGUUUGGGGCCAGUUUGAGUACUUUUUGUGGGAAGCAAUUGAAAGUACAGAACGAAUGACAGAUAGUGGGGAAUCAUUGGAGGAAAAGAAAUUACCGCGUGUUUCCCAUGCACCAAAAGGGCUUGUUCGCGUACUUGACUACUAUGAUGAGUUCUAUGUUUCUGAAGAUGAAUCAAGUCCGCCUAGCCCUCCAUCUGAAAAUGAGGAUGGGUUAGAAGAGAAGGGGUGA